GCCUGAGUAUAAAAAGGGGGAGCAAAGGAGGAGGAGGCAUGUUUUUGUUCGAAGGCUUGCAAAGGAAGCAGAGCACAGCAGAGGCAAAGCACUAUUUUAAACAAGGGAUUGGGGCAGGGAGGAGGCGCCACAGGGAUGUGGGUGCGCCUUAGCCUGCUCCUCACUCUCUGCCUGCUCCAUGGGGGCGGUGCAGAGAGUGAGGGCGGCGGGCCUCGCUGUCAGCCCCCAUCAACCUGGAUGAUCGGGGAGGUGGAACCGAUGAAGGGCACAGCAGGCCAAGUAACAGUGGUGGCCCUGUUAAAAGCCAGCUGACUGUUCUGCUUGGUGCAGGCCUCCAGAAUUGAUGGUCUGCGCCAGAAAUUGGAGACUCAGGGCCUGAAUGAUGUGGUUUACAUGGUCAUCAACCACCAGGGGGAGCAAGCGCAGCGGCUCCACCCCAUGCUGGCUGAGAGGCUGUCAGAUAAGAUCUCACUGUACAAACAGGGUGAACAACAACCUGAUGUUUGGCAGGCCCUGAAUGGAAAGAAAGAUGACUUCAUCAUCUAUGACAGGUGCGGUCGUCUUACCCACCAUAUUUCCCUUCCUUAUUCUGUUAUUGGACAUGGCCAUAUUGAGAGUGCGAUCAAAGAAGCCUACUGUAAUCGCAUGUGUGGCGCCUGCUCACACGAGACUGCUGAGACUUCAGAGGGAUGCAGAGCAACACCAAAUGCACAGCCUGAAGCAGAUGGACCCGCAGCUGUAGGAGACAACACAGAACAUGACCACAGUCGCCAUCAUGGCCAUGGUCAUCAUGGUCAUGGUCAUCAUGGUCAUGGCCAUCAUGGUCAUGGCCAUCACGGUCAUGGCCAUCAUGGUCAGCAUGGUCAUCACCACCAUAGGCACCACGGUGAUCAUCAUGGUCAUCAGGGUGACUUGGAGCAAAGUCAGCAGGGAGCUGGGCAGGAUCAUGGUCAGCAUGUCUUUGACUCGCCACAGCUACAGCAAGCAGUGGACACAGAGCAGUUAUUACAGGAGGCCGUAGCCGCCCCUGUUAGACCAUGAGUGGCAGGAAAGGGAAGGUGAAAGUCAAAGUUCACCUGACAGGGAACGGCAGGCUCAGAAAACGAAACAGUUCCCAAAGCCAGCUGAUGCUGACACUGACGCAGGGUGUUUGGCGAGGCGGGAAGCGAACAGUCGCUCGGGCUCUGACACUGUGAAGAGGGGCUGCCGGCCUCCUGACAGUGACAGGGCCUCACGAGCGAGGCAGCCGCCGAUGUCAGGGAGACCUGACAGUGACGCAUGCCUCCUGCUGAAUGACAGCAGCCUCAGCCAGACCAGUGAGCCUGACCCUCCGGCGUUGGGAGCUGAGCAUGAGAGCAGCUGUAAGCUGGAACUGAUGUCAGCUAUCAAUGCCAGGGCCAAGUGCUCUUAUUGCCAACAAGUAUUUCCCUGGGAGAGGGGGAAGGUCAAUCCUUGAUAUAAAUGCUGGAAAAGAUCAGAACAAGAAAUGCGUCCAGCUGUAAUAUUCAAACUUUUGGCAUUGACAUUCGAUCAGAGUAUGAUGUUCCAACUAACUUGCCUUGUUUUACCAUGGAUUGCCUCCCCCUCUCUCUCAGGUGGACAGUGGGAUAUUAUGUCCA